AUGCAGCAGCAACAGAUGCAGCAGCAGCAGAUGCAGCAGCAGAAGAUGCAGCAGCAUCAGAUGCAGCAGCAACAGAUGCAGCAGCAGCAGAGGCAGCAGCAGCAGAUGCAGCAGCAGAAGCUGCAGCAGCAGAUGCAGCAGCAGAAGAUGCAACAGCAGCAGAUGCAGCAGCAGCAGAUGCAGCAGCAGCAGGUGCAGCAGCAGCAGAUGCAGCAGCAGAAGCUGCAGCAGCAGAAGCUGCAGCAGCAGAUGCAGCAGCAGAUGCAGCAGCAGAUGCAGCAACACCAACAGCUGCAGCAGCAAGUGCAGCAACUUCUGCUGCUGCGGCUGUUGAAGCAGCACCCGUGCUUUUUUCAGGGCAGACAAUAG